AUGUCUGGAAAAAGGCCAUACUUUCAACUUGUCGACGGUAUUCCGAGACCCCCUAUUAUCGACCCGGUUGUGUUUAAGAGGAGCCUCAACAGGAAAUUCAAGGAAGGUGAUGUGCUGCUUUCGACAUACCCGAAGAGUGGAACAAAGUGGCUUGUGUACAUAAUGCAACUUAUCCUCGAGGAAGGCAAACCGGUGAUUAGUUUCGAGGACUUCAUGGACAACGCAUGUAGUGUCGAGUUCACGAAUGACGAGGACCGGCAGACGAUGCUGCCGCUUCAAAUACACUUCACCCACUACCCCCUUCGCAGAGAGAACAUGGGCGAAGCAGCCAAGUUUGUGUACGUUGCUCGCAACCCUUGGAACGUCUGCAUUUCGUUCUACCACAUGGUCAAGGAUCUCAGGGUUUACCAGUUCCAAGAUGGCUCGUUCGAUGAUUUUCUUGAGGCUUUCCUGGCGGGAGACUUUGGAUUUGGUAGUUAG